UCUAUUGAGAGUGGUUUUUGGAGUGCAGAGAAGAUGGUGAACACCGAGGGUACUCAAGAACAAAGAAAGGCUGAGGAGGAUGCUGCACUGCAGGCUGGGAAGAAGGAAAGUGUGGCAGGAGAAUCUUCUUUUUUCACUAAAGGUGAGAUGAAAAGUCUGUUGCAGGACCUCAUAGCUACAGGUAUGAUGGGUCUUAGGAGUGGGAUAGGACCAUCUGAGAUAAAAUUGGAAGUAAUGCCAAAUGAAGUGAGGUUGGAGGGGACCAAAAACUACUUGAGCUGGUCUAGAAGGGCAAGGUUGAUGCUGAGAGCAAAAGGUGUAGAACAUUAUUUAGAGGAAACUUGUGUUGAACCUAUUGAUAAAUCUAGUGUGGAAUGGAAGAUGUGGAAUGCCACUAAUUCUACAGUGGUAGCAUGGCUGAUGACUUCGGUGUCCCCAUCUAUUGCUAGGAUGAUAGAAGCUAUUCAGAAUGCAACAAUUAUAUGGAAGACAUUGAGCAACAUGUAUUCAGAAGAGGGAAAUGUUAUGAUGAUGGUUGAGGCUCAAGACAAGGUAGAGAAUCUGAAGCAAGAAGGGAGAACAGUUCAAGAGUAUGCCAGCGAGUUGCAACAUUUAUGGGCAGAUCUUGAUCAUUAUGAUCCCCUACAAUUAAAGCAUGAUGAUGAUAUUGUGAUUGGAAAUAAAUGGCUGCAAAGGAGAAGAGUCAUUCAUUUUUUAAAGGGGUUGAACAAGGAGUUUGAGGAUAGAAGAGCAGCUAUGUUUCACCAAGCUACAUUACCUAAUAUGGAGGAAGCUAUUUCAGCCAUGGUUCAGGAGGAGAUGAGGCAGAAAGUGAUGAAAGGAAGUAAUCCUGUGAGGUCUGCAUACAUCACAAUUAAUGACAGGGAGUGUUAUAAUUGUGGGUUAAAGGGGCAUGUGAGCUACAAUUGUCCUUCUCCUAGGAACAAUAAUGGUCGGGGUGUAGCUCGUGGAGGAGCACGUGGUGGCUUUGGUGGCUUCAAUGGGAGCCGUGGUGGCUAUGGUGGCUAUGUAGGAGACCGAGGUGGCCGAGGAGGUGAACGUGGAGGCCGUGGUGGAAGUCGAGGUAGAGGCCUAGGUGGUCCUAGGGCCAAUGUUGUCAUGGGGGAGAGCUCAUCUAUCACUCUAACAGGUGAACAAGCUGCACAAUGGGAAGAAUGGCAAAAGAAUAAGGGCCCCGUGGACUCCAAUCAACAAAAUUCUGCUAAAGCAACAACCAGCCACUUCGGUAACUUUGCCAACUACGCCCACACGGGCGAAGGAGAAGGGGACUGGGAGGAGGAUUGGGACUGGAGUCAGGCGUAAUGGGCUGUGGUACAUCAAUCAAGAGGAGAUGGGAUUGGCUGUAGUAGUGGGAGAUACUGAGAAGGAGAUUAUUUUGCUUCAUUGUCAAUUAGGACAUCCAUCUUUCGAGAGUUUGAGUAAGCUGUAUCCUGACCUCUUUACCAAAGUGGACAAGAGUAGACUUGUUUGUGAUGCUUGUGAGUUUGGCAAACAUACACGGUCUACAUAUGCUGGAAUUGGUCUUCGUAGUUGUGAACCUUUUAUAUUAAUACAUUCUGAUGUUUGGGGACCAUGCCCAGUUACUUCUGUGAGUGGAUUCGAAUGGUUUGUUACCUUUAUUGAUUGUUAUACUCGUAUGACUUGGAUUUACAUGCUUAGACAUAAGAAUGAGGUCAUUCGUUGCUUUCAAGACUUCCACAAAUUGGUUACCAAUCAGUUUGAUGCAAGGGUUCGGAUUAUUCGAACUGACAAUGGGACGGAGUAUAUUAAUAGUGAGUUUGUGUCAUAUGUCUCAGAUCAUGGAAUUAUUCAUCAAACCACUUGUCCUGGAGCCCCCCCUCAAAAUGGUGUAGCUGAGAGGAAGAAUCGGCAUUUGCUAGAGGUGGCUCGGUCAUUAAUGUUUCAAAUGAACGUACCUAAGUAUCUGUGGAGUGAGGCAGUGAUGACAGCCGCAUACCUUAUCAACCGCAUGCCAUCCAGGAUACUUGGUAUGAAAUCACCAGCUGAACUUUUACUUGGGAAGCGAGAAUUUAAAGUUCCCCCAAAGGUAUUUGGUUGUGUUUGUUUUGUGAGAGAUCAUCGACCUUUUGUUGGCAAGUUGGAUCCUCAUGCAGUAAAAUGUGUCUUUGUUGGCUAUGCAUCUAACCAGAAAGGUUAUAAGUGUUGGGACCCUAUUGGGAAGAGGUUAUUUGUUAGUAUGGAUGUAACAUUUCGAGAGUUUGAACCUUAUUACAGGAGUCGAGGAGACCUUGAUUAAUUUCUAGAGGAGUUCUCAACUGUCAUCGAGAUCGACAGUCGAGAGGGGGAGAUAGUUGAGGUUGAUGCACAUAAGCAAGGUGAUGAGGAUGUGGUUAUUGGGUCAAUUCCGAGUUUUGUUGGUGAUACUAUUGAGAAGGUUGUGGACAUUGGUGAGAAGGUAGUAGACAUUAGUUGUGACAAGGAUGAGGGGGUAGUUGUCGGGACAAUCCCAUGUCCUCUGGAGCGUGUGGAAGUACAACAAACUAAAAUGAGAGUAUAUCAAAGAAGGAACAAGAACCAAGUUGAUAAGGUGACAGGGAAGGAGCAAGUGCACCAGAGGAGCCAAAUUCAGAAUCAGGGGGAGAGAAGUGGUGAGCCUAUGCAAGAGCAAGACAAGGAGUCACAACAGCUGCAGCAGUUUGAGUACCCAGUCCCAGAUUCCUCCUCUAGCCUCUCUCCAACAAGUUCCUCCCUCCUUGAGACAAGUGGUAACAUUUCUCCUACCUUUAAACAAGUAGAGUUACCUCUUGCACAACGUAGAGAAACUAGAUCUAAUGCUGGAAGACCUCCUAUACGCCUUGGUUUUGAACACCUUAGUUCUAGACAUGACAUUGCAAACUAUAUCUCAUACUCUCAUAUUUCACCUGCAUAUAAAGCAUUCAUUGCAUCAUUGCAAAUAGUGCCUAUUCCAAAGGACUGGAGAUGUGCAAAACAAGAUCCAAGAUGGAAGGAUGCAAUGAAGGAGGAGUUGCGUGCCCUUGAAAAGAAUAAGACAUGGGAACUUGUGAAACUACCAAUGGGGAAAAGAGCAGUGGGAUGUAAAUGGGUAUUUACAGUGAAGCAAACCCCUGAAGGGAAAGUGGAUAGAUAUAAAGCAAGAUUAGUUGCAAAAGGUUAUAGUCAAACAUAUGGAAUUGACUAUGAUGAAACAUUUGCACCUGUGGCUAAGAUGAGUACGGUGAGGAUUUUGAUAUCAUGUGCAGUUAACUUUGGAUGGCCUCUUCAUCAGUUAGAUGUCAAGAAUGCUUUUCUACAUGGUGAUUUACAAGAGGAGGUAUAUAUGGAGAUUCCCCCUGGAUUUGGAAAUAGCCAGACUGUUGGGAAGGUAUGUAGGCUCAAGAAGUCCUUGUACGGUUUGAAACAAUCCCCACGUGCAUGGUUUGACAGGUUUAGGCGUGCAUUGUGCAAUAUGGGAUAUUCACAAUGUAAUGGAGAUCACACAGUUUUCUAUAGACAUAGGGGGGCACACAUCACUAUCUUGGCUGUUUAUGUUGAUGAUAUAGUGAUCACUAGAGAUGAUGUAGAAGAGAUCAAAUGCUUAAAGCAGCGAUUAGGAGAGGCCUUUGAGGUGAAGGAUCUUGGACCUCUUCGAUACUUUCUUGGGAUUGAGGUUGCUCGAUCAUCAAAGGGGAUAGUUCUCUCUCAAAGAAAGUAUGUCCUUGAUUUGUUAACAGAAACCGGAAUGCUUGGAUGUCGUACAAGUGCUACUCCCAUUGAUAGGAAUCACCAAUUGAGUGCACAGUCAGGUGAUCCAGUUGAUAGGGAAACUUAUCAGAGGUUGGUUGGACGUUUGAUAUAUCUAUGCCACACGAGACCAGAUAUCUCUUAUGCGGUGAGUGUGGUUAGUAGGUAUAUGCAUGAUCCUAGAACAACUCAUCUAGAGGUGGUUCAUAGGAUCUUGAGGUACUUGAAAGGAACUCCUGGUAAGGGGUUGUGGUUUAGAAAGAACCAACACUUGGAUGUGGAAGGAUAUUGUGAUGCUGAUUGGGCAAGCAGUGUGGAUGAUAGAAGAUCUACAUCAGGAUAUUGUGUAUUUGUGGGUGGCAAUGUUGUCUGUUGGCGAAGCAAGAAGCAGGCGGUAGUGGCUCGAUCUACCACGGAAGCUGAGUAUAGAGCCAUGGCAUUGAGUUUAAGUGAGAUGUUGUGGGUGAAGAAUCUAUUGUUGGAGCUACGGUUGUUCAGAAAUAAUACUGUGGUGCUUCAUUGUGACAACAAAUCUGCUAUCAACAUUGCAAACAAUCCAGUUCAACAUGACCGCACCAAACAUAUCGAAAUUGAUAGGUUCUUCAUCAAAGAGAAGAUCGAUAAUGGGGCUCUUAGACUACAAUACAUUAAAUCUUCUGAGCAGCUAGCUGAUUGUUUAACCAAGGGAUUAGGUCCUAGUGAGAGUGAGUCAAUGUGUAACAAGAUGGGCAUGAUUGAUAUCUUUUGCCCAUCUUGAGGGGGAGUGCUGAUGUAAUAUGCACUUGUAUUGGGGACCUUCUUGCAUAUGUAGCUAAGUGAAAUAGUGUGUGUGUGUGGCUGUGAACAACACACCAGAAAAAAUCCCCAAAACUGAACUUUACUAUCUAAGGAUUGUGAAAGGGUAUUUUCAAGAA